AUGGACAGUGAGAAUUUUGGCCCGUCGUCUUCAAAUAAGUUUGAGACCGAAUUUGAUAUGGUUGAACAGAUUGGGAACGGAGAAUUUGGUGAGGUCUUCAAAGCUAGACAUAGCUUGACUGGUGUUGUGUAUGCUGUCAAGAGGGCUAAGAAACCUGUAGGAGGUCCCAAGGCCAUGUCACGGCAGAUGGAAGAAGUUGAUUUGUUGAAACGAUUGACAACUGGACCUGAUCGAUCACCUUAUAUCAUUCAAUUCCAUGAUGCAUGGCAGCACAAUUAUCAUCUACAUAUCCAAAACGAAUAUUGCUCAAACGGAACAUUGGAAACCUUUCUGGAAUUAGUCUCAGCAGUCCAACCACGAUUGGAUGAAGAAAGGAUAUGGAAGAUCAUGUCAGAACUGAGCCAAGCGGUCUAUUUUAUACAUUCUGCCGGAAUUCUUCAUUUGGAUAUCAAGCCUGCUAACAUUUUUAUCACAGAAUAUGGAGGUUUGAAGAUUGGAGAUUUUGGAAUAGGA